AACUAGAAAUAAGAUCAAUAAAAAUGAGCGAAAACGGACACGAUAAAGACGGUCAUGGCGAUUCCAUGGAGUUAAUGGAAAAACAUAAUAAUGGAGUCAAAUAUAAAAGACCAUCUUUUGAAGAGGAUGAACCUCCUGCUGCAGUCAAAAAACUCUCGGGAUUGACUGUGGUAACAGCUGUUCUCUUCAUCACUGGUGAAAUGACAGGAAGUGGUGUAUUGGCGUUGCCGAAAGCCGUGAAAGACGCUGGAUGGAUCGGUAUAUUUCUGAUAUUCAUGUGUGCCGGAAUUUCCUCGUUCACUGGAUCAGUUUUGGGAAGAUGUUGGGCUGCGAUUAUAAGAAACAGACCUGAGCUUGGUCGCCAUUGUCAAGAUCCGUAUCCGACUAUAGGAAUGGAAGCUUUCGGAAAAGUUGGGAGAAUAAUUGUCAACAUUUCUGUGUAUUUUACAUUAUAUGGUGUGUGCGUAGUCCUGCUUCUCAUUGCAUCUGGAAACAUACAAGGACUUUUAUCCCAGGUGAAUGUCGAUAUGUCUCUAUGUUACUGGGUUAUGAUAAUUGGAGGAAUAUUAGCUCCGUUCUGUUGGAUGAGCAGUCCGAAAGAUUUUUGGCCAAUUGCUCUUGGUGCAACAUUAACAACAGCUGUGGCAUGUGUGCUGAUUUGUAUUCAAGCCAUUAUGGACAUUGAACGCGCGAAAAACGAGACUGAAGCCUAUUACACAGAGCAUCCAGAUCAUGUAUUCCAUCGAGGAUUUGACGAAUUCUUCUUGGCGUUUGGAAUGAUUUUGUUUUGCUUUGGUGGUAUGGCUGCAUUCCCCACAAUUCAGGCUGAUAUGAGAAAUCCCGAAAAAUUUCCGAAAACGGUUUUGAUCGCUAUGUCAUGCAUUUUAUGUAUGUACAUCCCCGUGGGAGCAAUAGGAUUCGGUGUGUAUGGAGAUUUUGUCGCAGACAAUAUAUUUGAUUCUCUGACUCCGGGACCUCUCCAGAUCACUGCUUCAAUUCUCAUUACUAUGCAUCUUACAUUUGCUUACGUCAUCAUACAAAAUCCUCUAAGCCAAGUGUUGGAAAUGCCGUUGAAUGUGCCUGACAAAUUUGGACUGAAACGAGUAGUCAUCAGAAGCCUCAUUACGAUCUUCGUUAUAUUCACUGCUGAAACCUGCCCUAGAUUUGGGCAUAUCCUGGCGUUGGUCGGUGGAAGUGCAGUCACCCUGAAUACUUUCGUUUUCCCGUCGCUAUUCUUCUGGAAAUUAGGCAGAAGAACUGGCAAACCAUGGAGUGCGUUAGAAAUGCAAAGAUGGGAGAUUCCAGUUCAUAUACUCAUCAUAGUCAUAGGAAUUUUUGGAGGUUGCUCUGCUACAUACGCCGCUAUCAAAGCUAUUAUAGAUCCUAACGCAUUUGUACCACCUUGUUACGUCAAUAUAACAGCCGCUUCCGCCGCUGCUUCCGGGGGCGGAGGUCACUGAGAACAUGGAUGUUAUAAUCUGAAAUAAUAAUUAAGUUGGGUUGAAAGUAAUUUUAUAAUUCUGCAGUUUUGCCAAUUUCUGUCGAAUCUGUUUGUACUCCAAAGUGAUCAUUUACAUUUAUAGGAGUACAUGACAAUUAUAACAAUCAAAUUACCUUUAAACAAACGCUGCCCUCGAUAGCAACGUUUUGCCACUGAUUUGGAGAUUUAACAACCUUCAGAAACGCAGGUGCAGAGUUCAUUUCGACAUAAAAUCAGAUUCUGGCAUAAAGUUUUGAGACUGAAAAACCAAAAUGAAUAAUAUGUCUGCAUUGUUAUAGUGAAAGUAUCGUUAAUUUAAAAAAGGAAUAAAUAAUAUUACGACAAAGAAAAAAUUGUAAAGACUUUAAUUGGAUUUUAAUAGCUAAUUUGCGAAACAAUCUUUUGCAUAGUUUCACCAACUGAAAAAUCCAUACUUAUAUUUAAAGAGAAUUCAAUUUAAUACUAUCAUAAAUAAUCAGACAGAGACAAAUUGCCGUAUUUCACUGACACAAAUGUCUUUAUACAAUCUUAUAGAUUUUCAUAUACAUUGUCGGUGAACUAAUAUUUCAACAUUUCAGACAAACAAAAAAACAUUUCUGCAAUUGAGAUUUGAAUAGUAAUAAUACUCGUUCUUUUUUUAGUCGCUUUUUGGGAUAUCUUUUCAA